UGGAACGAGAAGAAGGAAAAUUCAAAUGUAUUUUUCUAACAUGUGUUUGAGGUAGAAAAAGUUUAGUUUAAAAUUGUUUUUCAUUUCUUUUGUUUAUUGCUCUUGCUUUUGGAAGCUGGCACCUGUUAUAGUGUGCCUCAGAAAUGUUCUUUCAUAUAUCUCUUGAACAUGAAAUUCUGCUCCAUCCACGGUAUUUUGGUCCAAAUCUUCUUCAGACAGUCAAACAAAAAUUGUUCACGGAGGUUGAAGGGACUUGCACAGGAAAAUAUGGCUUUAUCAUUGCCGUGACCACCAUUGAUAACAUUGGCGUUGGUGCCAUUCAACCUGGCAGAGGCUUUGUUGUCUAUCCAGUGAAAUAUAAGGCAAUUGUAUUCCGACCGUUUAAAGGCGAAGUCUUGGAUGCCAAAGUGACGCAAGUCAACAAGGUUGGAUUAUUCACAGAGAUUGGACCCCUUUCAUGUUUUAUUUCACGACACUCCAUACCACCUGAUAUGAAGUUUGAUCCUCAGAGUAAUCCACCAUGUUACAAAACAGAAGCAGAGGAUGUAGUUAUUCAACAGGAGGAUGAAAUACGGUUACGAAUUGUUGGCACCAGAGUUGAUGCCAAUGACAUAUUUGCGAUAGGAUCUCUGAUGGAUGAUUUUCUUGGAGUUGUUGGUGGUUGAAAUGGAAGAUCAGAUGAGUAGUGCACUGUAUUGCAUUGUUUGCUAAUGGCAUUAACAACUCUGAAGUUCAUAAUCUCAGGAAAACUGCUCUGGAGAAAUUUCCCAUUUCACUCUUUUAACCUCUAUUUAUAGGCUUGUAUAUAUUAUUUUUGUAUAUUGCAUUAUCAUAUAUUCAAAACUAGAUGCAGUUAUCACUUUGAACCAAUUUGCUCUGGGGUAUCUUUAAAAAUAUUGGCUUCAACUCGAGGUGAAAACUUGAUCACUUAAUGUAUAAAUCCUAUUAAAGGAAGGAUACUUUUAAAAUAGCUCAGUGAAAUUGGGAUAAAUGUUUGAUCAUUUUACAAAUUAUAAAUUGUCUUUGCGGUUCA